GGUGGCAGCGGCGGCGGCGGCAGCAGCGGCGGUGGCAAGAGGCCGGAGCGGGCCCAUCGCAGCAGAGCGGAGCCGGAGCGAGACCCCGGGGGCCGGGCCGAGUCAGGCCAGGCCGAGAUGCCCUAUAAACUGAAGAAGGAGAAGGAGCCUCCUAAAUCAGCUAAAGGGACUGCCAAGCCUAACAGCGGAGGGAAAGAUGGUGGCGGGGAAGGUACCGAGGAGGUCCAGCCUCAACCACCUCAGCCACAGCCACAGCCUCAGCCACAGCCUCAGGCACCGUCAUCCAACAAGCGGCCAAGCAACAGCACGCCUCCCCCUACACAACUUAGCAAGAUCAAGUAUUCAGGGGGGCCCCAGAUUGUCAAGAAGGAGCGGAGGCAAAGCUCUUCUCGACUAAACCUCAGCAAGAACCGUGAGCUGCAGAAGCUCCCUGCCUUGAAAGACUCCCCAUCUCCGGAGCGAGAGGAGCUCUUCAUCCAGAAGCUACGUCAGUGCUGUGUUCUCUUUGAUUUUGUGGCUGACCCCCUGAGUGAUCUCAAGUUUAAGGAAGUGAAGAGGGCAGGACUCAAUGAAAUGGUAGAAUACAUCACACACAGCAGAGAUGUAGUCACGGAGGCUAUUUACCCGGAAGCUGUUAUCAUGGUGAGGAUGGAGGGAAGGUUGGGUGUUACCCCCAAGAAUGGGAUAAGGGCCUUUGGCUGCUCUGACCUGGGCUCUGCCCCUCAGUUUUCAGUGAACUUGUUCCGGACACUACCACCAUCAUCCAACCCCACGGGGGCUGAGUUUGAUCCUGAAGAGGAUGAGCCCACCCUGGAAGCUGCCUGGCCCCAUCUGCAGUUGGUCUAUGAAUUUUUCUUACGUUUCCUGGAGUCUCCUGAUUUUCAGCCAAAUGUGGCCAAGAAGUACAUCGACCAGAAGUUUGUCCUUGCUCUCCUUGACCUCUUUGAUAGUGAGGACCCCCGGGAGAGGGACUUUCUCAAGACCAUUCUUCAUCGCAUCUAUGGCAAGUUCCUGGGGCUUCGAGCUUAUAUCCGUAGGCAGAUCAACCAUAUUUUCUACAGGUUUAUUUACGAGACAGAGCAUCACAAUGGAAUUGCUGAGCUACUUGAAAUUCUGGGAAGCAUUAUUAAUGGCUUUGCCCUGCCCCUCAAGGAGGAGCAUAAGAUGUUCCUCAUCCGAGUCCUGCUUCCCCUACACAAGGUCAAGUCUCUGAGUGUCUACCAUCCUCAGUUGGCGUACUGUGUGGUGCAGUUCUUGGAGAAGGAGAGCAGUUUGACUGAACCGGUGAUUGUGGGCCUCCUAAAGUUCUGGCCUAAAACUCACAGCCCCAAGGAAGUAAUGUUUCUCAAUGAACUGGAGGAGAUCCUGGAUGUCAUUGAACCCUCUGAGUUCAGCAAAGUGAUGGAACCGCUCUUCCGCCAGCUUGCCAAAUGUGUUUCCAGCCCUCACUUCCAGGUUGCAGAACGUGCCCUCUAUUACUGGAACAAUGAGUACAUCAUGAGCCUGAUUAGUGACAAUGCUGCACGCCUCCUGCCUAUCAUGUUCCCUGCGCUCUACAGGAACUCUAAGAGCCACUGGAACAAGACUAUCCAUGGGUUGAUCUACAAUGCCCUGAAGCUGUUCAUGGAAAUGAAUCAGAAGCUGUUUGAUGACUGCACACAGCAGUACAAGGCUGAGAAACAAAAAGGCCGAUUCCGACUCAAGGAACGAGAAGAGAUGUGGCACAAGAUCGAGGAGCUCGCCAGGCUCAACCCCCAGUACCCCAUGUUCCGAGCACCACCCCCACUUCCCCCUGUAUAUUCAAUGGAGACAGAGACCCCCACAACCGAGGACAUCCAGCUCCUGAAGAGGACGGUGGAGACAGAGGCAGUGCAGAUGUUGAAGGAUAUCAAAAAAGAAAAGGUGCUGCUUCGGAGGAAGUCAGAAUUGCCUCAGGAUGUGUAUACCAUCAAAGCACUGGAGGCUCACAAGCGGGCUGAGGAGUUCUUGACAGCCAGCCAGGAGGCACUCUGACUUACCUCCUCUCUCUCACCCAGGGCCACUGCCCAAUCACCCCUGGGACACUGCUCUGGCCCUUCAGCCCUGCCCCCCAGCUGACCUGGGGGUAGGAUGGGGGCGGGGGCACCAGCUCCCUAAAAAACAGAAUACUUGGGUCAAAGACUCUCACUGUGGCUUGGCCUCCCUGUGACUAGUGUAGACAUGCCCUGGAGAUGCUCAUUGUUCAUAGCUGGGAUGCCCCCUGCGCUGACUCCCAUUCUCCAACCUCCCAGGUGUUUGGGGCCAACUCUGAAAAAUCUCUUUAAACACUCCUCCCUCCCACUCUUUCUCAUCUUCACUUGAGUUGAAGAUCUCUACUGUAUAUCCCUUUCUCAAAGGGAUCUGGAAAGAUCAGCAAAUAGCUACAGACUCAAAGUUGCUUUUAUCCCCCCUACCUCCCCUCCCCCAUUGUGGGUCAGGACAGAUGGUCUCCUUGUUGUGAGGGCUGAGGCAGAGCAGGUGAAGAAAGGCUGGUCCCUAAGCACCAGACUCACAGAUGACUCUGCACAUCCCCCAAAGGGGAUUGGGGGUAGAAUCACUGAGGCUCUCUAAUGUAUAUGCCCUGUGACCUUGCCUGACCCAGAUCAGACUGGGGGUAGGAAGAGAACCCACAUAGAGAUGUACUGUGUGAAGCCUCACAGGGACCAAAGGGUGGGAGGGGAGGAAUGUAUAAGGAGACACUACCACCUUUUAGUCCUCCUCCUUUCUCUUAAGCAGCAGUCCAGGGAUCACAAACACUAAAAGGGACCACCCUCGGCCUGCUUGAAUCCCUGUCCUGCAAAGCCCCAGAAAUGGGGUGAGAGAAAAGGGUAGCACCUUAAGGUUCUUCCCCAGCUUCAGUUGUCCCAACAUCUAUUUAUUUCUUUGUACCCAAGGCCAGACCCUUACCUGCCUCACAUUGGCACCACUGGGGGAUUGGGGUGCUGGGGCACAGAUGGCGCCGCUGUUGGCUGUGUACAUAGGGUGCUUUAUUCUCUGCAAAGUGUUACAUGCUAAGGUGGGUUGGGCUUGGGCAGAUGUCCCCAUAUGUACAGAAUUGAAUAAAGUGGAUCUCUGGAGAGAA